AUGUCAACGCAAUCUUAUUACAAAGAAAGAUUGGGAUUCGAUCAAACAGAAUGGAAUGAUGGCAUCAGUACUCCGGUAUAUGAAGCCAACCUUACCAAAUCGAAAGGUUUGUGGCAGUUUUUUAUCAAAGCCACAUCAGGUCUUCUAGAUUGUAGAAAAAAAGCGAGUUCGGAAUCGACUAUUCAGGAAGAACCAGAAGUUCAAUAUUAUACUCUAAGGCGUGUAUAA